AUGAAGGAGCCAAAACAACGUGCGAGGCCCGACAGCGCCGUUCCAUCAGGCCGAGGAACAUAUGCAAAGCAGGCUUGCAGCCACUGCAGAAAGAGGAAGAGCAAGUGCGACGGCAGGACUCCGGUCUGCGGCCCAUGCGAGAAAGCUGGUCGUGCAUCAGAGUGCACCUGGGGGAAGGAGACUGCCAAGAAAGCCCGCACCCAGCAACACUUCGAGUCCCUCGAGAACUACAUCCGCGCCCUCGAGUCCAAAGUCAAGGAUCUCCAGGCAAGCCUCGAUAGCAGUGGUCAGAAUCACAGUGGUGAAUCCCCGGCUGCCUCUUCCGACUUCACGGGGGAAAGUUCGUCAAUAGCACACCAGCCUCUGGAAUUUCGACGGACGGACUCCUAUGCGACAAGCUCGACUGACGAGGACAGGACGACUUCCACAAACGAGUCGGACAUUGAUGUCCUCAUCUCUCCGACGCGGCACCUUGUGCUCCAGGACACGGACCUCGAAUUCCAUGGCCCCACCUCCGUCUGGCGUCUAGGAGCCACAAGAUCGUCGCCCAGUGCUAGCGAGGCGAAGACAUCUGUCUCCCCCGAGUCUUCCCCCGCCGUUCCUCCCGCCUACUUCGAGUGGUCCCGAUAUCUCCCCUCCGAAGUACCCAUCUCCCGAAGCGAACACGAUCGGCUGCUCGAGAUCCUGUUCAAGUUCUUUCUUUGCUGGGGCCUGCGGAUAAUCCCCGAGCUGUUCCUCCGCGACAUGCACCGCGCGCUGAGCAUUUCUCCGACUGCUCCAUGCCCCAAGUCCGCGCACUACAGCCCUAUGCUCCACAACGCGGUGAUGGCUCUCGCCACUGCAUACUCCGACGACCCUGUGCUCAAGAGUCCAAGAUGUCGUAACAUGUUCGCGAAGCGCGCUAAGAGCUACAUCGAAAGCGACUGCCAGAAGCCAACGAUCGCGCUCAUCACCGCCCUGAGCACGCUCGCUGCCUUUCACUCUGUCUGUGGCGACCAGAGCUUAGCUUAUCUGUACUUCGGCAUGGCUGGGCGUAUGAGCCAAUCACUGGGCCUGCGCACAGACUGUUCACCCUGGGUCAAGUCCGGAUUGAUCGCUCAUGCAGACAUGCUCGAUCGAAACUGGGGCUACUGGAUGAUCUUCUCACAAGAUGUCCUAUGGUCACUAUAUAUCGGUCGCGAGUGCUGCGUCUCGCCGCCACGGAAAGACCACCAUAUGUUCUCCGUCCCAUACAUCGGCUCAGAAAUCGAUCAGAACCCGUGGUAUUGGGCGCCCAGCAAGAUGCCUCCGCAGCCAAGCAACAUCGUCCGGGUCUUUGACUGUAGCUGUCAGCUUAUGUUGAUCGGUCGGAAGAUCAUGGACUUCUUGAAUAGCCUGGGACCCGGUUCGAAACGGGAAGGAGCGUUGCAAGUCGUCAGCGAGCUUGACAUCCAACUCAACAACUGGAAGGACUCUUUGGCUCCAGAGGUCGACCUUACCGCAACAACUCGCCCGAACGCUUUGCCUCAUCGCUUGAUGGUGCAUCUAGUGUACUGGUGGCUCCUCUUACUCCUUCAUCGACCCUUCUAUCGACGGACGAAGUCAGGGGGUUCGGGCCUAGAUAUCGAUCACGUCAAGCUCUGCAAUCGCGCCGGUGACAACAUUAUGCUGUUGCUCGGCAUCUGGAACGAGAGGUACUCGCUGCGAUACAUCCCUAUCACCUUGAUGCAAGUGGUGUAUUGCGCCGGCACCUCAUUUGUCCUCUCUGCCGUCCAAGCCACCUCAGGAGCUCGGCUUGGUCGGGUUGCCCUCACUAGUGCUCUCACCCAAGCGGAGCAGUGUAUCCAGUACCUCCUCAUCGCUGGUAAAUCGUUUGAAUGCGCCAACGAUGUCGCGAUGAUCCUCUCCAACCUCCUUCACGAGCAGCUCAAGCCGCGCCUCUUUACUCGCACACUCGAGCCCAAGGACCUCCUCCACACCCUCCCUAUCACAAAGCGCGAACGCGAAGGCAGCGAGUAUCAACCGCAACCACCAUAUUCCGGACAGAGCGGCAGCCCCACGGCGGCGACGGCUCCUGCUGCAGCCACCACAGCUGCGACGAACAACGACCACGUCGACGCGGUUUCACUAGCGGCGACGAUCACCAAUAUUGACGCUCUCCGCGAUCAGUGCCGGUUCGCCGUCGCUGCAAAUUCUGCGCACACACAAGGCUUCCCAUCAUCCCUCGAGUGGCCGCGCGGACCUGGCUCGGAUGGUUUCCCCGUUCUCCCUCUCUCCGCCGCAUCAUCCAGCUCAGCAUCCACGUCCCUCCUCGCCGGACCUGGAACAGACGCGUUGGGAAUGUCUGGGAUGGACGACGUCGAGAUGGACUUCGGGCUCACCAACAUGGACCUCGGCCUCAUGGGCGGCCAGCCGCUCUCGAACCGGCCGUACAUGGUCCUCGGUAUCCCCGAGAUGUCGGGCGCCGCGAACUUCCCCGAUCUAGACGCGCCGCCCUCGUACUCCAAUCAUGGGUCGCAGCAGAUCCCCUCGCCGCAGCACACGCAUCCGCCGGGGAGGAUCGGACAGCAGCCGCCUCCGCAGCCGCAGCAGAUGAGGCUGGACUUCAGCGCGGAGGAGCUCGCGGUGAUGGACCAGAUCUUGCGGCAGCAGUUCGGGGGCCAGGGCAUCGACUUCCGGAUGCAGCCUUCGCAACGGUACGAGGGCAUCUAG